CAACCACCAACACCACCACAGAGAAAGAUGGCUGUAGACAUGGGAAUACUUAAGAGUCAAUCUCGCCCCCUCCCGAAGCGAGGAAAUUGUCUUGUAUUAACCUCAAACCUGUGUUCACGAUCAGAAAAGCACAAUCAACCCCCACCAUGAGCAAGCAAACAAUUCAGUCCUCGGAUGAAAAAGCCUGGAGCGAUGUUGAAAGCAAUACGCUCGUCAUCUCUGAUGACGAUGCGUUAAUGAAAGCUACGGGCAAGGUUGGAGAGCUCAAGAGGGUGUACAACUUCUGGACUUUAUGCGCAUACCAGGUCAUGAUCAUGUGCAGCUGGAGCUGCAACAUCAUCCUCUAUGGAACAGUCUUCGAUCUCGGUGGACCAAUGGCUCUUGUUUAUGGGACGCUUGUCGUCGCUGUUGGCCAAACAAUCCUCAUGUGCUCAAUCGCCGAAUUCUCCUCCAUCUGGCCCACAGCUGGCGGUCAACAAUACUACACGCAAGCUCUCGCAACCGGAAAAAUGCGUCCCUUUCUGUCCUACGUCGUCGGUUGGGCUGUCCUCUUCGGCGAGAUCUCCAUGGGAUCAAGCUGCAGUCUGAAUUCCGCAAGCAUCAUCCGAAGCUUUGUCGAAGUCACGCAUCCAGACUUCGUUUGGCCCUCUUGGCUGACCUGGCUCGUGUACUCACUCUUCCUCAUCGCACCCUAUCUACAGAACUACUUCCCGAAGCACUUGCCCGCUAUGAAUGUGCUGGGUGCAGUGUGGACUGUUGGCGGAGGACUCGCUUGGGCAAUCUCCUUCCUGGCCCUCGCUCCAAAGCAGAAUGCCGAUUUCGUGUUCAAGUGGUUUUUGAAUAAUUCUGGAUAUGAGAGUAGUGGAUGGGUCUUCAUCAUGAGUCUGUACACCCCGAUCUUUGGCCUCUAUGGCACGGAUGGGCUUUUGCAUCUUCUGGAAGAGACGAAGAACCCUUCGUACGUUGCGCCUCGAGCUGUCGUAUGGUCAAUGGUCUUCUGCAGCUUGACAUCCUGGGCCAGCGUCUUGGUAAUCCUCUUCUGUGCCGGCGACUGGGAAGCCUACAUGUCAGGCAGCCAACCAUACAUGAACUGGUUCAUGGAUGUCCUGGGUAGUACCUGGGGUGGAGGCAUGUUCUGCGCCAUUGUAACGAUGGGCAUCAACUAUCUCGUCAUCGUCGGCACCAAUACCGCAGCCUCCAGACUCGCCUGGUCCAUGGCCCGCGACGCUGCACUCCCCUUCUCCUCAUACUUCGCCAAAAUCAGCACCAAGUUCAACAUCCCGCUUCGUGCUCUCACCGGCGUCCUGGCCAUAGACCUCAUCCUCGGUCUCAUUGUUCUCGGUAGCGACUAUGGCUUCCAAGCUGUUGUCAGUUGUGGGGGUAUUUGCUUUCAGAUCGGGUACGCGAUCCCAAUCGUCACUCUCCUGAUUCGAGGAAGGAAGGUCUUGCCACCGCAUCCGAAUUUUGACUUGGGGAGAUGGGGAUAUGCGAUCAACAUCAUCUCGGUGGGGUGGAGUGCAUUGAUUAUUGUUAUGCUUUUCUUCCCAAUGUACCUCCCAGUCAACCUCUCGAACCUCGGCAACAUGAACUGGUCCAUCGUCGUCAUAGGCGCGAUCAUCGUCCUUCCAGGAGUAUACUGGGUUACGCAUGCGAGACAUGUGUAUAUUAAGGAAAGCGAUUCUGUGCUCGGUGGUGAGGGGCAGGGGCCUGUGGUUGAAGGCAUUUCGAGAUCGGGGACAUCUAUUGCUGCGGGAACGAAGCAAUGAGUUUCUAAGUUAGGUUUGGGAUGGAGUUGCUUUUGAUUUAUAACGUGUUAUUUGGAUUGUUUAUGAAUCGUGGAAAGGUUUUUUAACAUUACAACAUUGGGGCCAGAAGACUUGAUCGCUGACUCUCACGGGCAGUGGUCACAAAAGUUGUCUCUCACAACUCGUAUGAGACCACACGAAAUUCUAUUGUAAUCCCUAUAGCAAGUAAAGAAAGGAAUGGAAGCUCUUCUAUCGAGCCCACCCAUCUGCAU